GGGAAGGUGGCACUAGAGUAGUAGGAGCACCGAGCACGGGCGAGUAGGCAGGCGUGGCAGGGCAGCCUAGGGAUAAGACCGUUCGCAGCGCUCGAGCAGCACAGCACGGCAGCCGGGCCGACGAACGACCACGACCACCAGCACGCCGGGGAGCACCAGCCGUUGCCGCAUUCCAGCAGCUACAGCUAGCCGAAAACCGCCAGGCGCCAGCCCACGCGCCUGGAGCGAGCUCCCAGCUCCCCCAUAAAAGCGCCGCAUUCCUCGUCACGGUCACGGCUCUCGCCCGCCGUGCCAGCAGCAGCCAGCCAGCGUAUGAGCAGCGCCUGCGCUUGCGCCGGCGGUGGUAGCAGGGGAUGGAGGCAUCAGCCGUGGGCGACGGAGCAGCGGGCGAGGGCGCGGCGCCCGCGGGCCGCUCCCAGCAGGGUGCCAAGCGCGGCCGCGGCGGCGCCGUGAGGGGCAGCGAGGCGGAUGCGGCGUGGGGCCAGCCGCCGAUGCUCCCGCCGCCGCAGGCGCCGGGGGCGGGCUCCCGGAUCUACCGCGUGCGGGCCAGCGGCGGCAAGGACCGGCACAGCAAGGUGUACACGGCCAAGGGCAUCCGCGACCGCCGCGUGCGCCUGUCGGUGCCCACCGCCAUCCAGUUCUACGACCUGCAGGACCGCCUCGGCUUCGACCAGCCCAGCAAGGCCAUCGAAUGGCUCAUUAACGCCGCCUCCUCCGCCAUCGAGAAGCUCCCAGAGCUCGACCCGGCCGCCUUCGCUGCUCUCCCUGCGCCCGGCGACGCGGAUGCCGGCGGCAAGGACAAGCAGCAGCAGGGGAGCAAGUCCGCGGGCAGCAGCACGUCGGAGACGAGCAAGGGCUCCGAGCUCUCGCUCUCGCGCUCCGACGGCCGCGGGGCCGGCGCCGCCGCGCGGGACCGGGAGGUCACCGUGGCCAGCACUUCGGCGCAGGCGGCGUCCUUCACCGAGCUGCUCACCGGGGUGGCGUCGGCCGGCUCCAUUACCGCCGCCGAGCACAAGCAGUCCUGGCACCAGCAGCCCAACGUCUCCGCGGCCGCCGCCGCUGACUGCGUCGGCAUUGCAAACCACGGGAAAGGUGCGCACGGGCUGUCGACGCACACCUUUUCUGCCCCCGCCGCCGCCAAGUAUGGCAAUGCGCCUCCGUUCGGCCUGGUGCCGGCGCAGCCCUUCAACUUCACCAGCCCCAUCGAGAUGCCUCACUUCUCGCUCGGUCAGGACACCUUGGCGGCGUCCUCGCCUGCCGCCGGGGACUACAGCCUCAAUUUUUCCAUGUCCUCGGGUUUCUUGGGUGCCAAUAGGGGGACCCUUCAGUCCAAUUCGCAGUCCAACUUCUCAGGCCAUAAUCACCAGCACCUCCAGAGGCUGGAUGGCCCGAUCUUGUUUGGUCACGCUCAUGCUGCGGCGGCGGCGCAUCCCGCAUCCGAGAACCAGCUUACGGCAUCCGCGGCGUUACAGCUGUGGGACGGGCUCCGGCACUCCGGCAUGAAGGAGAAGAGCAAGAACUGAUCGCACAUUCUUCAACGAAAACUGAAGACAUCCAAUUGCUGGGAGCCGUUCCAGCAAGAAUUCAUCCUUUGGAGCUGCUACCAGUUUGUUGCGGUGAUGACUGUCAGAUCAUCAUCAACCAUCCAUCAGCCCUAGCUGCUGCCGUUGAUCAAACAAUCCUGUGCCUUUUUUUUCUUUCAUUUCCUUCCUAGAUGGUGUUGUACAAAUUUUGUGGGAGAUGAGAGUUUAAACAAGUCGUUGUAAGAGUGCUCGGUAAUCGCGGUUCUAGUGCUCCCCGCGUCUAACUGCUGGUCUAGACUAUUCUAAAGUUUGGAUGAACAGGUCCACUGGACUUGGACAAGCAUUGUGGUCAUAGUUUCUCAGAUUGGUUUGCGAGAUACUAUCCCUGAUUCAGAGGUGCCGCCAUGGCUCUUUCUACGUGUGAUGAAAUCAUGAAUCAUUUGUCCU